GUGUCAAAUUGUUGAUCUUUUGAGGUUAGGUUGUGUUGUGGGUCAGGUUGUUUCCAACGAAAGCUUACAUUUUAAUUUUGUGUUAAAUACAGUGACAAACAUGAGUUAUUCUAAAUUUGAUUUAACGUUUAAAAUAGGUCAAUAUUUAGACCGACAUCUUGUGUUUCCAUUGCUUGAAUUUUUAGCCGCAAAGGAGACAUAUGACCAGUCGGAGCUAUUGCAGGCUAAACUGGAAAUACUCAGUAAAACUAACAUGAUCGAUUAUGUGAUCGACAUUCGUGGAAUGCUCUACCCUGAUGAGGAUACUCCUGAAGAAAUCAAGUCCAGAAGAGGUGUAGUCCUCUCACAGCUACAAGUGCUGCAAGACGCUGUGGAGCCUGUUUUGAGGCUCAUGCAAAGAGAUGAUGUCAUGAAAACUGUUGAGACUAUGCGGGACCCAAAAACCUUGAUCAACUACUUAACUACUAACAAGGAAUUUGAGUUCAAAAUUGAAAUGAUUGACAGCAUGUACCGGUUGGCCAAAUACAGAUACGAAUGUGGUAACUACGUUGAGUCGGCCUCAUACCUCUACUUCUGUCAGCUGGUCAUGUCUCCUACUGAUAGGAACUACCUGUCAGUUCUUUGGGGCAAACUGGCCAGUGAGAUUCUCGUCCAGAACUGGGAUGGUGCACUUGAUGAUCUUACAAAGUUGCGAGAGUUCAUCGAUAAUGGUGCUGCUGGAGCAACCGCCAACAAUAUGCAAGCGCUGCAGCAACGGACGUGGCUGGUCCACUGGUCGCUCUUUGUAUUCUUCAACCACGUAAAAGGGCGCGACCUCAUCAUUGAAAUGUUCUUGUACAAACCACUGUACUUGAAUGCCAUCCAGACGAUGUGCCCUCACAUUCUUCGUUACUUGGCGACAGCUGUCAUCAUCAACAGAUCAAGGAGGAAUGCGCUGAAAGACUUAGUAAAGGUUAUACAGCAAGAAGCAUACACCUACAGAGACCCCAUAACAGAAUUCAUAGAACAUCUCUAUGUUAACUUUGAUUUCGAAGCGGCCCGAAGAAAGUUAAACCAGUGCCAGACAGUACUGCUGACAGACUUCUUUUUGAUAGCUUGUCUUGAAGAGUUUGUUGAAAAUGCCCGCCUCAUGAUUUUCGAAACUUUCUGCCGCAUCCACCAAGUCAUUAGUAUUGGUAUGUUAGCUGAGAACUUGAACAUGCAGCCUGAUGAGGCCGAGUGUUGGAUAGUGAACCUGAUCCGCAACGCACGUCUGGACGCCAAGAUCGAUUCGAAGCUGGGACACGUGGUAAUGGGAGCACAGCCGCUGUCGCCGUACCAGCAACUGGUGGAGAGAAUCGACUCCCUUGCUGUGCGGUCCGAGGCGCUCUCGUCGCUGGUUGAACGGAAACAGAAAGCCCGGAAUCAAGACAUUCGUUGGGGAGCUCAAGAAUUCUGAGAUAAGUGAAGGAGUAAUAUUUGUCGCAAAAAAGUAUCUUCAGUUUUGUAAUUGUACCUACUAAAUGUAU